AUGGCAAUCGCCGCCAUCACGCAGAAGGCGCCCCGUAAGGAGGAGAUUGCCCACGCGCAGGAGGAAGCCCCGGCCUUCGAGAAGGUAGACUGGAAAAGAGACCCCGGUUUAAGGAAGCUAUACUUCUACUGCUUCAUACUCUGCGUCGCUUCGGCGACUACUGGUUACGAUGGCUCCUUCUUCAACUCGGUGCAAGUAUUCGAGACGUGGAAGGCGUUCUUCAACAACCCCCAGGGAUCACAGCUCGGGCUCCUCGCUGCGUUAUAUCAGAUCGGCAGCUUGGCCUCGAUUCCCAUGGUCCCCAUCUUAGCCGAUAACUUUGGCCGAAAAGUACCCAUCGCCGUCGGUUGCAUUAUUAUGAUUGCCGGUGCUCUCGUGCAAGGAACUGCACAGGGAAUCAACGCCUUCAUGGGUGGUCGUACCAUGAUGGGAUUCGGAAACAGUUUGGCUCAGAUCGCCUCUCCUAUGUUACUGACCGAGAUUGCCCACCCGCAGCAUCGUGGCCGUCUCACGGCCGUCUACAACUGUCUAUGGAACGUCGGCGCCAUCAUCGUCUCGUGGCUUUCUUUCGGAACGAACUACAUCCAGAACGACUGGUCGUGGCGUAUCCCCGCCAUCCUCCAGGCCCUGCCUUCCGUCAUCCAGAUCGUGUUUAUCUGGUGGAUCCCGGAAUCGCCGCGAUACCUCAUCGCCAAGGACAAGUCAGACCAGGCCCUCGAGAUCCUCGCGCGGUACCACGCCAACGGCAACGCCCAGCACCCGACCGUCCAGUUCGAGUACCGCGAGAUCAGGGAGACCAUCAGGCUGGAGAUGGAGAGCCAGGCGAACAGCAGCUACCUCGACUUCUUCCGGACGAAAGGCAACCGUUACCGCUUGGUCGUCCUCCUGUCGCUGGGUCUUUUCUCCCAGUGGUCCGGUAACGCUAUCAUUUCUAACUUCGCCAGCACCCUCUACGAUCAGGCUGGUGUGACGGAUUCUAACUCCAAGUUCGGCCUUUCCGGAGGCCAAAUGAUCCUAGCCCUUAUCGUCUCGGUGACCAUGGCCACGCUUGUGGACCGAUGGGGUCGGCGACCGAUGUUCCUGGUCUCGACGGGCGGCAUGUUCGGGGUGUUCAUAUUCUGGACGCUGUGCGCGGGAUUAUACGGGGAGCGGGGGUCGCCGGGGGCGAACUACGCGAUGAUCUUCUUCAUCUGGCUGUUCAGCUUCUUCUACUCGUGCGCGUGGUCGGGGCUGCUGGUGGGCUACGCGAUCGAGCUGCUGCCGUACAAGCUGCGGGCCAAGGGGCUGAUGGUGCUCAACAUCAUGAUCCAGGCGGCGCUGUGCCUCAACGUGUACGCGAACCCGGUCGCGUUCGAGGCCUUCGGCCUCAAGCACUCCUGGAAGCUCUACCUCAUCUACACCUGCUGGAUCUUCUGCGAGCUCGCCUUCGUCUACUUCAUGUACGUCGAGACCAAGGGCCCCACGCUCGAGGAGCUCGCCAAGGUCAUCGACGGCGACGAGGCCGCCGUCGCGCGCCUGAACCUGGACCAGGUCGAGAAGGAGGUGGCGAUCGAGACGCACGACGUGCCUGAAAAGGUGUAAAACUUUUCUAAGGGAGCGUGCUUGCGUGCGCGAUUUUUUUAAUUUAUGAUAUUUAACUGCUAAUAGUGCGGUUCAUGAGGUUUAUAGUGACGACGACUUAAUUUCAUUUAAUGGGGUGGGUGGUGUUUGCUGCGGCUUCUGCGCUUCUUGCAUGCUCGAUACCCUCCCUCACUUAUAGCGAAUUUGCAUGCCGUCAUGGCGGAAUGAUUCGGAGGCCAAAUGGGAGAUUUAUAUAUGCAACGUAUGACUUUACGGUGUCUUCAUCCGGCGGUGCAUUAUAUAAAAAUAAUAGGUAGCAAAAAAAAAAAAAUGAAAUAAUGCUAUCACCGAGUGUUGUGCUCUCAGCUCAAGUCUACCUAGCAUUUAAUUGAAUACCUUGCUUGUAUUAUCUUACUAGGUAGGGAGGAUACAGAUUCUUUCAAACUAGGGUAAUUCAUGACUGUCACAUUCGUGUUGCCUUUUACUCUGUUGCCCAUCUUUACAUGAGAAUUGUCAUGCGAAGAGAAGAAAUUAAGAAGAGGUUA